CAAAAUAACUUCCUUGUAGAACGAAUUAUCAAUGCAUUGGGUAGAUGUGUACACCAUGUGUGCGAGGGGAUAAAAAUGUCCACGGGCAAAACACCUUUAUUUUGGGUGUUUACCCUUGUUCUUCAACUGAACAUUGUGGCUACCGCCAUUGUGGCUGCAGGGUGUCCGGUAAGCCCAUUCAUAGGACGUCCACUCUGUAACGAAACAUGUUGGAAGCCGUUUCUAGCUAGAACUAAUAGACUCCAAGACAAGCCUCGGAUUCCCCAUGGUGAACAGUUUACUUGUAAUAUUGGUUAUAACACAGAAUGGCAAGACUUUAGUCAAACACAUGGAUUAGAAUUUGCAUCACUUUUAAAUAACACAGCGUCCGAACUAUUCAAGCCGCCUAUUUUGACUAACAUCGCCUUGUAUCCACUUCCUUAUAAAGACAACAAAUCAUUCAGUCCUGCACUUAAUGUUUCUUUCAAAAUUAAGUUUUUAGGAAAACCCAGCUUACCAGAAACAAAAGCCAUACUCCUAACAUUUGAAAGCCCGGUAUUACAAAACCAGGCUUACAAAAAAUUCAUCGACCAGGCUUAUAGUGUACAAAAGAAUAAAGCUGAAAAUGGCAGAAUUUACCGAAUCUUCAACUUUUCUAAAUAUAUUCCAGACUCGUAUGAUGUGGAAAAACCAAUUCCUGUUGCUUAUCCUUGCCUUUAUGGUUUGGAUGACUGUGGAGGUGAUAAAAAGAUUUACACCAUAACCCUUACCAGUAUAACUAUGAAUAGUACUUACUAUUCAAAGUACUUUAAAUGCAGUCAUUCCACUUGUUCACUGAGUAGUUUGACAUAUACAGUUAGUGUAGUUCCAGUUCGUUAUAACGUUUGGAAUAUAGUACCUGCAAAAGCUUGUAACUCUGAUUUCGAGAAGUGGAAUGCAACAAUAGCGACAACUUUCUAUCCAUCACCUAAUGAUAUAUAUGUUGUUUUCGAACACAGAAAUACUUUCAGUUCAUAUUUUGUUAAAUAUACAGGCGGAAUUUACGAGAAAACUGCCUUGCAAAACCAUACCUUCAAAAAUCUUCCACCUGGACAAUAUGUAAUUGAGGUUAAGUGUUGUAGAGAGGACCAUUCAUGUAUCGAGUACAAAAGUUUCCACGAAAUUAUUAUAGAAGCAAGCGAAAAUUUAAAUAGCAUAAAUGAAAAAACGAUUCAUACCAUUUUUGCAACUGUGUCCGGCAUUUGUCUAGCAGUAAUUUUAUUAAUAACAUUGGCUUGGCUAAAGAAAAGACGAAAAAAUAUAUCUAAUAAUGAUAGCGAACACAUUGAACAGCACCAGUAUGUUAUUAUUUCAAACACCAAUUAUGCUGAUGAAGUUAUUGCGAUACAGCUGGAAAGCGCAAUUGCAAAAUUUGGGAUUGAAAAUGACUGCAUUCUUCGCCGCAACAAUUUGAAAUAUGGUCAUGAAAAUUCAACUAUUCUUAUAUUACUUCCUGUUGAACAUGAGUCGUUCAAAAUGAGGAUUUCAGAGGAUAAAAAAUAUAAAGAAAUUAUAGAAUCAAUUUCAAAAAGGAAAUUGAAAAAUAUUUUUCUUGUUUAUUUUCCAUACAUAAAAGGUGCAAAGCGUGUUAGAUGGUCAUGUUUGCAAAAGUUCAAAACGAUCCGUCUUACAAAAGAUUUCUACAAAAUGAUAAAAAAAAUGAAUAUAAACUAUAAACACUUUAAUAAAAAUUUAUUGUGUGAAAUAAGAUCCGAAUUAGAGGUAGUAGUAAAACGAAUUGAACAAAUAUUCCAAAUGCAAGUACCAACUUCUGCUGAUACCCUUAAUAUUCCUAUUCGAAAUUCUACAGAUCGUUUUGAUGGUAUGGAUCAUUUCACUUCUCCAAAAACAUUCGAUCGUAUAUCGAAAAUUUGUGAACAAGACUCCUGCAAAAUACAUAAACCUAUUACACAAAGAUGUCCGGUUCAUCAUCCGCGUUUUCAUCCUCAAACUUUUCCUGAUAAUAUGAUGUAUACUACUAAUUUAACAAAUAUUCAUCAACAUGAAACUAUUCCGCUUUUAGGAUCUGUUAUUCCUCCAUCGCCAGAGUCAUCUGAGAAAAAUCCAAAAUAUCAUGAACCAUUUAGAACUAAUUCAGGAGAGUCAGGCUACGGACCAUCUCGAAUGAAUUCUUCCUCUGAUGAUGAUCUUCACAAAGAAGACGCCUUGGCCGAUGAUGAUAGUUUGAUUAACCAAAUUAUGUCAGUAAAUAGAGAUCACUUGCCAUCCACACCUUCCGAGAUUGAUCCAAUGUUAGCAAUAAACUUCCAAAUGUAAAAAUAUAAAGUUUAUAUGUAUGCAUUAUAUGAACUUUAACAUAUACUUUACAUCAGCAUGUAUGCAAAUUCAAGUCAUUCUAAGAGCAAUGUGAGGCUUGUGUAAGCGAUUACUUAAAUAGCUCUCACAUAACAUAUUUGGCGGAUAUAUAUCAUGAAAUAACUUGUUCGAUUGUCUUUGAAAAAAUAAUACGCCACAACAGUAUAAAUAAUGAGAAAAAUCAACUAUAGAUUAACCGUUUCUUGCAUUUUAAACCUUCAGGUUAAUACUCUUGAGUACGAAAAAUAAUAGCAAUUACACUAACAGAUAAUGUAUUAAUUCCAGAGCAUAAGCAUUAACUGUGAGUUUUAUCUAUUCGUGAUAUUUUAACCAUGAAAGCGCAACAUGUAUUGAAAUUGAUUGUUAUACACAUAAACGUUAAGAUAUUUUAACGUGAAUCUCGUCUUCCAUGAUUUUUUUAGAGUAACCAUGUCGUAGUUUUUGUAAGACUCCAUUGUUCCAUAAGAAUUGGUUAUGGAUAUUUGUUAUAUAUAAUUUAUAAAAAAAAACAUUUAGAUCUGCCAUAUAAUGUCAGUAUUACUUCUGAUUUGUGCUGUAAAAUUUGCAUUCGUUUAUUAAAUUUGUUUUUAAUGAU